AGACAGAAACAUAGAGAGAGAGAGAGAGAGGCAGAGAGGGAGAGGGAGAGUUGCAUUUAAUGGCGGAGACGUCCUCCUGCUGCUUCCGUUCGAGCUCGAGCAUAGCAUCGGAUCUCAUCUUUUGUCCAUAAACAAACGGCAAAAGGCAAGGCUCGGCUCGGCUCGACCCGACCCGGUUCCCCUGCUUUGCUACUACUAUGCAUGCACGUCUCGCAGCAAUAAAUUGCAAAAGCAGGCAACCCGGCCCGGCUUCUAUAUAUAUACACCAACCCAGCUCCUGAUCAGCCCUCUCUCUCUCUUCCGCCACCUCUUUCCUCUGUUUUUUUUAAUCCGAGUCCCCUGUUCGUCCCCAGAACAGAGCACUUCCGCUUCCGCAACGAGGACCGACGAGGGACGGAGCGCAAAGGACGGUCCUUUUUUUCUCGAGGAGGGCGAGAAAAGGGAGCUGCUUUCGAGGGCUGCGAGAAAGGUUCUUGCUUUGCUUCGGGGACCGCGGCGCCUUGGUUUUGGGUCCGUUUCGCAUUCGAUUUUUUCCGGUUCUGGGGGGGUCGGUUGGAGGCCGGGGUUUUGAAGUUGAAUGGGGCUGGAGUGACGGAGGGAACGAGGCGUCGAAGUGAGUUGGAGCAGGGAUGGUUUCGGUGGUGAAGACGAAGCUCAAGACUCUGUGCUGCGACGACGGCUGGUCGUACGGCGUCUUCUGGCGCUUUGAUCACAGAAACCCCAUGUUGUUGACUGUGGAAGAUGCUUAUUUUGAAGAACAAUUGGAGACGGUGGUGAGCAAUGUGCUCCAACAGGUGCACCUGCUGGGUGACGGAAUUAUUGGCCAAGCUGCUUUCACGGGGAAGCAGCGAUGGAUAAUGGAAGAUGUUCGUGGAGAACAAUGCUGCAGUGUCGAUGACACUGGUCUCCAGGAUGAGUCCGAGAUAGAUCGGGAGUUUUCAGCUGGAAUUAAGACUAUCGGGGUAAUCCCUGUGGAACAACUGGGAGUCGUACAAGUAGGAGCCAUGAAAAAGAUUCCAGAGAGUUCGGAAUUCUUGGAUAAAGUAAAGAAAUUGUUUCAAGAGAUGGGAAAUAUUGAUGGGAGGCUUCACUUGGAAAACAAUCCUUCAUCUCUGAACAAUGACCGCGAUAUUCUGAAUGGGUUUUUUGCUUCAUUGCGGAACUCCUACAGCGGGAACCUGACAUCAGUGAACAGCAACAGCCACACGGAUCUGACAGGAGAUGCCCACUCUGUAGAAGAUCCGAUCCCAUUAUUGGGACAUACACGGGACAAAUACUCUGGAGACUUGGUCUCUAUGCUUGGGGGCGUUUCCAAUUUUAACUACCAAAUGCAAAAGCCCGUCUCACAUCCCAACAUGCCUUUUGCUUCUCAUGAGCCUCAGCAUUUACAACUCACCUCUCUCAUGAAAAAUGCUUCUUCUGGAACUUGCACCAGUUCAUGGAGCUGCGGAGGUUCCACUUUAACUUCAGUCGAGCCGUCAUUGCAGCAAACAUUUCCUCAUGCGUACUCUACAAGUACGAGAAAGAACAUGUUAACGUCCUUUACCAGUUCAGUGAAGAGUUCCUGUGCUUCUUCCGCUGUCUCUACACCAUCAACAUCAUGCGACAAAGGACUGGUAGAGAGGAAAAAAAUGCAAGACAUCUCAGGGAACUCUGUGAACAACCGACAAUCUGCUCCAUACAUGCAAGAAAUCUGUGGUGAACUUCCCACUGUAUCAUGUGGCCAGAAAAGAUCUGCUGAAUACCUUCAACAUGCUGAAGAUUGUUCUAAUUCUUGUCUAGUGGAUGAUCUUUCUGAAUGGUUUUCUGAUGUGCCAGAGCACGGCCUCUUUGGGAUGGCCAGCUCUUUGGAUAAGAGCCUUGCACAUUCCACGGCACUCUCCUCCGUCUCAUCUGUCAUAGAUAGAGGUGAUUAUACUUCCGAACUUCCAAUCAAUCAAGCAACUGGCUCUACGUGGAAUUCCAUUUCUGAUGCCUUCAUGAUGGAAGAGAAGACUAUCAAUAUUCAAAAUGCCGAAAGAGAUGUGUUUGACGAAUCUGGAGUGAAUGCCGGAUGCAAACUCGAGCCUGGUUAUUAUGAAGAUGGUGGCCCCUGGAAAGGUCUAUUCUCUGAAUUAGGAUUAGAAGAGUUCUUUGAAGGUAACCAGAAUUCAGUGACGAAAUCAGGUUUUCAGGAAUCACCUCCCUUUGCUCAAAGAGAAAUGGUAGAGCAAUCGUGUUAUGACUAUAAAGAGUUUCAGUCGUCGAGUCUUUCUUGCUCUGGGAGUAUGAAGACCUCUAUGAACCCCAUACCCUAUUUAUACAAGGAAAAAGAUCUUGUUCAGAGGGAGGUUGUUUUCCCUAAGUCGCAGGUUGGCUUAUGGAUUGAUGAUAGCUAUAGCGUCAACACAAGAGGUGCAACUGUCAUGUCACCAAAGAGAACAGAAGAACCCAUGAAAGCCCCCAGGAAAAGGGCUAGACCCGGUGAAAGUACAAGGCCAAGACCAAAAGACCGUCAACAGAUCCAAGACCGCCUCAAAGAGUUGCGGGGAAUCAUCCCUAAUGGGGCAAAGUGUAGCAUCGAUGCUUUGUUGGAUCGCACGGUCAAACACAUGCUCUUCUUGCAAAGCAUGAUGAAGUAUGCUGACAAGCUUAAGCGAGCUGCUGAGACAAAGUUGAUUGGCCAAGGUAACAGUUUGGUUCUCAAAAAUGAAAGAGAUGAGAGGGAUGUAGGAGAUGGCAGCAGAGGUGGCACUACUUGGGCCUACGAAGUUGGAGGUCAAGCAAUGGUGUGUCCUAUAGUAGUCGAAGACCUUGGCCUGCCAGGACAAAUGCUUAUAGAGAUGCUUUGCGAUGAUCAGGGUUUAUUCCUCGAGAUAGCGGAUAUAAUCCGAGGCUUUGGCCUCAAUAUUUUGAAAGGAGAUAUGGGAGUUCGAGAGGGCAAGAUAUGGUCCCGCUUCAUUGUUGAGGCUACCAGGCAUGUGACGAGGAUGGAUGUGUUUUGGUCCCUUAUUCAGCUUGUCCAGGAAACGAAUAGCCACGGUAUCAAUUCAACUACACAGCCUGGUGACGCCAUGGACAGUCAAUUCUAUUCGUGUAAUGACUACAAAGAGCCGCUCUUGCCACUUCCAAUCAGCUGACUGGGACGCUCCCGUGUCAAUGAUCGUUUCAUAUCCUGAGAUACUUUCGAAUGUCUCGAUCUUACACGGUGAUAGACUGCCCUCUGCUAAGAAAGUCACGUCAAAGUGCAGUACAACCUGUGUCUCCUAUUAACAAGCAAGAUGGACAGAAGAUCGAUAUAUAUGAGAAUGAAGAAGGCGCUUUGAAGGAUCAUUUCGCUUCAGAGAUGCAUGACCAUCGGAGCAGGAAUAUUUCAGAGAAUAGGCACUAGACCGAUCUAGAGGACGUUUGAAGAUUUUUAUCGGGUUAAUCAUAGUAAGAUAUGAUAGUGUGAUGUGUGACCGUUUGAUUUUUUUAGCUUUGACUCUCCUUCCCGCUUUCUUUCACGGCCUCCUAAUGAUUUGUGGCCUAACUGUUAAUACCCCUUUGAUCAAAUUGGCUAGUUAUAGGCUAACAUCUAACGAUUUCCUUGGCCUUCAUGCCCCUGUAUUUGUUUCAUCACAUAAUUAAUCAUAUGAAUAUCUCUCUCUC